AUGGCUGUGGCGCUCACAAUGCCUUUGCCUACACCUGUGAGCCGAGGUGUCGACUUUUUGCAGGACGCGAUUUUCUGCGGCUUUGUUUGGCUUUGUGGGCGGAUUCUGGUGGCCUAUGUGCAGGUGUUGAGGCACCUGAAAGAGGCAGAAGCAGAGGCUACAGGCCUGGGAGAGCGCGCGACGCCGGCGUGCGAGGCCGUGAGGCGUGCGCAGAGGGCCAUGCGCAAAGAGACCUGGGGCCUCACCCUCGCCUUUACCAGCACCUUUGGCGCCUACUCCGUAGCCCGGGUGCUGAUAAACUUCAACCGUUUCGGUGAGCUGCCCUAUAUUCUGAUGGUCGUGCUGCUGGGAAACACCUUGGGGUCUUGGUUUCUGUCCAACGCCCACAAGCUGCCAAGACGAGCCGCAACAGAGGUGAAGCCGAGCAAGUCGAAACUGCCAACUCGCAAGGCUGCUAAAAGAUCGCGAACGGCGCCCCAGAUGUCGGCUGACUUGGAUGAAUGGCACAAGAAGGUCAGGGAGCUCUCUGUGAGAGGCAUCACCGCGCAGGCCUUGCUCCAAUUCUAUCAAGAUCUGGCGCGCACCAUGCCACACUACAGGCCUCAGGUCCAUACGACCCUGGAUGUGGUUCGGCAAGCCAUCAUUCCGACGACCCAGGUACGGAGCUGCGCAUUUUCGUGCAUCGUCAGUGAGCCUCGGUUUCCCGACAAGAUGGUGACGCACUCCUGGCAGAACCUGUUCCGCGACUUGGUGGCCGCCGUGAUCGCUGAUGCUGUUGGGGAGAACAGCUUCGAAAUGGUGGCGAAUCAUCUGGAGCACGACACAUCCAUUUUGGGAAGGUUGAUGAAGCAGCGACACACGGCCGAUCGGGUGUAUUGGAUCUGUGCCUUCGCGGUGAACCAGCAUUCAGCCAUCUGCGAGAACCGCGACGGCGAUUGUGAUUCCUGGACUGGAAAGGUCCAUCCUCCCUGCCGCUGUCGCCAUCCGAAGAUCUUCAGCAACACGCCGCCGCUGUUGCAGGUGAACAAUCAGAGCAUCUACUGCGAGAUGAACAAGUUUGACGACAUGAUGGCCAUGGUGGCAGCACACAAGCCGAGUUUCUCGCAGCUGGUUGCUGUGGACUCAAGGUUUGUUCUCUUCCGCAGGGCAUGGUGUGUUGCUGAACUCGUGGAGGCAGAUUCAGCCGGCCUGAAGCAGCACGUACAGGUGCAUUCCAGGAAAGUCCUGAAAGACAAUGAGGAGAGUCUUCGCACGCUGAAGGUGGAGGACAUGGCGGCUUCCAAUGCAGAUGAUGUCGACUUUAUUCUGAACAGGAUCAGCGACAAGCGCGUCUUCAACAAGAGGCUCCAACAGCUGAUUUUUGAUGAUCAUGGGCUUUUGAGCAACUGGCACCAGUUGGACACCCUUCAUCAGAUGCACGAGAUCGGAAACCUUCUGAAGUGGAUUAUGGCUGACGGCGGACUCGGCCUUGUUUUGAAAUACUGGGUGAGUUAG